AUGCCGAAACGGAAGCCGCUCGCACCCGCGACCCCCUCGCCCGUCAAGCCCGGCCCGAGGACGGUCAGGGUCGAGGCCGCGGUACCCGAUGUGGAUGGCACCUUCGGCGACGUCGUCGUCGCCGACGCCCUGAGAGAGUUGUCCACCAGGGAUCCCAAGCUGGGCGAGCUCAUCGCGCGUUGCGGCGAAUUGCCCCGCAUCUUCGCGUGCCAGGAGGCGCGGCGCGCUAAGCACGAGCCCAACCGCGCGUUCCGCUCCCUCGCGCGCGCGAUCGUCUUCCAGCAGCUCAACGGCACCGCCGCGGCGACCAUCUUCGGAAGGGUCCUUCGAUGCGUCGGGGCGCAGGACGACGUCCUUGCCCUCACGCCGGACGCGAUCAUAGACGCCGACGAGGCGGCCAUGCGCGCCUGCGGGCUGUCGCAGCGCAAACACGAGUACCUCGUGGCCCUCGCGCGGGCGUUCCACCCGGCGCACAGCGACUUCCCCCUCUCCGACGAGUCCCUGGAGGCGAUGGACGACACAGCUGUGAUGUCCGCGUUGGUCGCGCUUCGAGGCAUCGGGCCUUGGUCGGUUCACAUGUUCCAGAUGUUCUACCUCAACAGGCCGGACGUACUUCCCACGAAAGACUUCGGGGUGCGCAAGGGGGUGAUGCGGCUGUACGGGCUGAGGGACAUGCCGAGCGAGGCGAAGGUUGAGGAGAUCGCGGAGCGGUGGAAGCCGCACAGGACGCUGGCGAGCAUGUACAUGUGGCAGGCGGCGGACGAGGGUAAGUCCUCCGGGCAGAUGCAGGGCGGCGACGGGGGGAAAGGGGAGAAAGGAAAGGCGAAGGAGGAGGAGGACCACUGGGCGGGGACGAAAAAGGCGAAGAAGAGGUGA